AUGGUUGGCCCACCAAGGCCCCCGUCCACUCUCCCCACCACGAGAAGGUCGGGUUUGCGCCAACCGGUUCGACGAGCGGGUUCGGCAGUCCCCGAACGCCAUGCACCGCCUGGGGUGUCUACACCGUCAGUGAGAUCCUCUGCAAUGAGCGCAGCUCGUGCGGCGAGGAGUCCUGAAAAAUCGAGCGUUGCGAGUAAGAGGAAGGAGAAGGAUUUUGAACGGGAGAUCAACGAGGACACAAGCAUUCAUGUCGUGGUCCGCUGUCGCGGCCGCAGCGAUCGCGAGAUCAAAGAGAACAACGGUGUAGUCUUGUCGACACCAGAAGGUGUGAAGGGCAAGACCCUCGAUCUCUCGAUGGGACCGAACGCGGUUUCGAACAAGACAUAUGCUUUCGACAAGGUCUUUUCCCCGGCCGCUGAUCAAACAACUGUCUAUGAGGAUGUAGUUGUGCCGGUCCUCGACGAGAUGUUGGCAGGAUACAAUUGCACAAUCUUCGCGUACGGACAGACUGGAACAGGAAAGACAUACACCAUGUCAGGAGACAUGACCGAUACAUUGGGAAUCCUGUCCGACGAUGCUGGAAUCAUUCCACGUACCCUUUACGCCCUGUUUCACAAGCUCGAGGACACAGAAAGCACAGUGAAAUGCUCCUUUAUCGAACUUUAUAACGAGGAACUUCGCGAUCUUCUGUCAUACGACGAUAGCACCAAGCUCAAGAUUUUCGAAAAUGAGAAAAAGGGAGGACACAGCACAAUGGUUCAGGGCAUGGAGGAGACCUACAUCGACUCUGCGUCCACCGGAAUCAGAUUACUUCAAACGGGCAGCCACAAACGCCAAGUGGCAGCGACGAAAUGCAAUGACCUGAGUUCCCGUAGUCAUACAGUUUUCACCAUCACCGUUCUCACAAACCGCACGACCGAAUCUGGCGAGGACUAUGUUAGCUCGGGCAAGUUGAACCUGGUUGAUCUCGCGGGUAGCGAAAACAUCGGACGCAGCGGUGCAGAAAAUAAACGGGCAACGGAGGCAGGUCUCAUCAACAAGAGUCUACUUACGCUUGGCAGGGUGAUCAACGCCCUGGUGGAUAAGAGCUCGCACAUUCCUUAUCGCGAGUCCAAACUCACGAGACUAUUACAAGAUUCACUUGGAGGACGAACAAAAACAUGUAUCAUCGCCACUGUUUCGCCUGCCCGCAACAACCUAGAGGAGACUAUCUCGACCCUUGAUUAUGCCUUCCGAGCUAAGAACAUCCGCAACAAACCCCAGAUUAAUUCCAUCAUCUCCAAAACCAAGCUUCUGCGAGAUAUCGGGAUGGAAGUCCAGAAGCUGAAGAGCGAGCUCAUUGCCACCCGCCAUCGCAAUGGUGUCUAUAUGACACCUGAUGCGUUUGAAGAAAUGACGAUGGAAAGUGAAUCGCGGCGAAUCGUCAACGAAGAACAGCGUGCCAAGAUCGAGUCGAUGGAGGCAAGCCUUCGACACAAGGUCCAAGAGCUUCUUUCUAUCACGGGCAACUUUAACUCAUUAAAGCAUGACAAUGAGGAUACUCAAUCCAAACUCAAAGAAACGCGCGAUGUUCUCAACGAAACAGAAAGGUUUUGGAAGGAUACCCAGGAGAAGCUGGACGAGGAGAAGAUUGUGCGGAAGGCCCAUGAGAAUACGGAAAAGCAACUUCGUCACAUUGGUGCCGGCCUAGUUACCACUUUAAAUGGUACCAUUCAAGACGUGAAUGGGCUGCACGCGAAAUUGGAUCGCAAAGACAACUUGGAGACUGAUAACCGGAAGACCUGGCAGACCUCGACCGGUGAGGUAUCGCAUGUCACACAACGGGUCGAUGCUCGCAUGCAGAUAUUCCAGACGCAGCAUGCGAAGCUGCUAGAGGACAUAUCUGGCAAAAUUCACCAAUUUGUGGAUCAUGAACUAAACACUGUGCAGUCCACCCGCUCCCAACUUAAGGAUCUUGAUGCCUCCUUUGACAAGGUCGAGGCAGAUGCGAAAAACAACACCUCCACUGCCCACAAUGAGAUGAAUGAAGUUCUCGAGGAGAUCAAGGUUCUUCGAGAAGAAGUCAAGUCCAAAGUUGGCGAAGGCCUCAACGGCUUGUCAGCUGCUGCUGCGCGGAUAUCCGAAGAGGUUAUUGGGGAAUUCUCAGAGUUCCACUCCCAACUUCACUCGUCAUACAGCACACUCGGCAAAGACUUCAAAACCAUGUUCGAGGACAUGGCAAAGCACCUCGAUGAACAGAAAUCCGAAGUCCACAAACUACGUCUCGAGCUGCAGGCAGCUAAUCGCCAGACGGUGGAGGCCAAUAGAAAGGCUUCAUCCAAUCUAGCACAGGUUCUGGAAGAGGAGCAUGCGAGUGCACAAGCCGAGCGAGAACUUCUUAUGUCUCACAUCCGAGGACUCCUUGAGGACUCAAAUCAUAAACAGAAUAACCGCCUCAAGGGGAAAUUUGAUGCCCUUCGCACCGACAUAUCAACAUCAGGCGACUCUCUUGAGCAAGCCACUGCGCAGCACGACAGACACAUUGAUGAAUGGAUUUUCAAGGAGGAACAGUUUGCCAAGGACAUUACUGCAUCCAAGGAUGAAAUUAAGACCAGGAUGCAGAAUGAUUGGGAGACUUUUGACCAGCGCAAUGCCUCGAUUCAUCGGGCAACGGAGUCUGUGCACCAAGAGACUGUGCGGAUUGUUGAUGCUCAAAUGGGUGACAUGGGCACACAAAUGGAAGCUUUGGACGACUUCGUUGCCAAAGCACGGUCCCAGAAUGGCCGCUUCCAUGAAUCACACCUAGGCAGCUUGAAUGCCAUGGCUAAGAAUGUCCGACAGUCCCGCUCAAACGUAUAUGGCCAACUCGAUGGGUUCACUGGACGUGUCGAGCAGUUCCAGACGGAUGUCGAUAUGCGUACGGAGAACCUGGAACAAACUACUACAUCUCUACACACUGAAGUCCGCCGGCCACUUUUAGAAAUGCGGUCCAACAUUCAGAGCCACCCCCUGAAAGAGUAUGUCCCAACAGGUAUAACCCCUCAGAAACGACGAUACGAGUACCCUUCGGAAAUGCCCCAAACGGAAGCUCACGAUGGUCUCCGCACUCGACACCGAACAUCCAAGCAGUUCACUGCUCUGCCAUUCAGCGAGGAGGAACAACUGGACUCCCCUACUCCCACCUCGCCCCAGGUGGUAGCUUCACCGCCCAAGAAAUUCGUGUAUAAUGAUACCCCGGAAGAGGUAGGCCACUCUCUUCCAUCAUCCGCAGCCCCACCUUCCAACACUGGCCUUAGAGAAGUCGACCUAAACGUCGCCAGACCGGUCGUGUCUGAUGGCGACGAUGCAUUACCUCCCAGCAAGCCGGAAACCCCCGCGUUGGCCAUAUCUAUGGACCUGGACGAGACGCCAGAAAAGGAAGAGCCAGAACAAGCUUCCCGCAAACGGCGCCGCUCGACUUCAAACAACAAUCCAGAAACCAAACUCCCCAAAACCAUGCUCUCAAAAAGGAUGGCUGGCAUGAAGGAGGGUCGCGAAAAUAUGCCCCCCUCGGCCACCACCAGUGGCCGAAGAUUUAGAAACCGCACCUCUGAUUAG